AUGCCCACAUCACAUCUCCCAAAAGUUUUCCAGGUUGACACGGAGCCCUUGCUCCAUCGAUCUAUCGUUAUCGACUCAAGCGACAAGGAGAGGGCCAACUUAUGCCUGGACAUGCUGUCCGCUCACCCUGAGCGGGCCAUAAUGGUUCAGAAUCUGAAGGUCAUGAUGAUUUCGCCAGACCGAAACUUGGUGGAUAAGAUUCUUGCCUGUGCGGAGCUGAUGAAGGGUCUGAAGCAUCUUGACCUCAAGAUUGGACUGGAUCCCAACUGGGAUGAUUAUCUGGUUCGCACACUGGUCCGUUGGCUCAUUUAUGAGGACCCAAAGGUAUACGACAUGGCCCUCACCGAUCGACACAAGGCCCUGGAAGUCGUCGGGUUCUGGUAUAUUCCUCGUACCACCCCGAAGGGCCUAUUGCGAUUCCUCCAAUUAAUAUUGUCAUGCCGCGCUGGGAAGUUGUGUGAAUCCCAGGCCCUCGAACCCUAUUGCCCUGGAGGCAUUGGAGAAGCUGGAUCCCGCCUCCCCAGCAUCUACGGAAUAAUGGACCUGGAUGGACUCAGCUGGUCUGAGGUCGGCAUCUUCCCUGGGCUUUAUGCUGCAGAGGAGCAAAGGCUCGCGCUUUGCCCACGAGUGGCCACUCAGCUCGACACCCUCCACAAGGAUGGGCUGAGGGUAACGAGUUUGUCGUUGCAUUGGUUUGGGUUGACCAACAACGAGUCGAGCGUUGCUGAGCUCGAGCCCUUUGCGGAGUCGAUGGCCGCAGCGUUCCCUGCUAUCCGAGUGCUGCGCAUCUUCACUCGGCCACCUAGACCAGCAGACAAAAUGGACUGUUACACCCGACUCGGAGCAGGCCUUGCUCCGUUGGCCAAGACGCCGAUGUGGAGAGUGGAUGUUCUUCCAUGGGGAGAUUCCGACAAAGAAGAUGGAUCACGUCUGACGCCCGCUGAACGCAGUAUGGCACCAGCAAGGUUUUCACUGAGCGUUGAGUUUCGACACCGACAGAAACGAGCCGAGUCAGCCGAGCGUGGCAAGUUCUGUCGGAAUUUCAAUCCCACAGCGCCGAGUCGCAACCCCCUCGUUUCACUCAACAUCGACUGA